GAGGUUUUUCGCGUCUCCCGUCUCCCGGAAUUUUUUUACCCAAACGUUGGCAGGUAUCUUUAUCUCACGCAAAACCUUUGAUACAAAUUGAGAGCCCUGAAGUUGUUAUGAUGGGAUAUGUUAAUCUGUUGUUCUGUAAAUAUAAACGGAAUAUAUAUAUAAUAAAUCAACAAAAUAUAAACUGUUUACAUACACAUCUUAAUCUCUAAAAUCUCGCAUAGCUUGAAUGAUGAAAAAGGACCCCAGCAAAAUUAACAAGACAAUACUACUGAUGGGAGAAACAGGAACAGGUAAAUCUACUCUGAUAAACAUGAUGGUAAACUGCAUUGUUGGAGUUGAAUGGGAGGACAAAUACAGAUUUGAAAUGGUUGCUCAGACUAGAAGUCAGACUGAAUCCCAAACGACUGCCAUCACUGUGUACGAGAUCUUUGGCGAAGAAAGUGAUCGCAUCCCUUUUUCACUGACAAUCAUCGACACUCCUGGAUUUGGUGACACGCGAGGAAUAGAGCAAGAUGAACUGAUCACAAAGUAUUUACAGGAGCUGUUUACAUCUCCUAAAGGAGUUGAUGUGAUUGACGCUGUCUGCUUUGUUGUGAAAGCCAACCAAAGUCGUCUCACACCCACUCAGCAGUACAUCUUCGAUUCAGUGCUCUCCAUUUUUGGGAAGGACAUAGAAAAUAACAUUGUGACUCUCGUGACACAUGCAGAUGGCGGGGACCCUUUGGUCCUUGAGGCAUUUGAAAAGGCAAAGGUACCUUCUCUCAAGGAUGACAGCAAUAAACCAGUCUACUUCAAAUUCGACAAUAUGAUUUCCCAUCAAGACGAUGAGGAAGAUGAUGAAGAUGAGGAAGACGAGGAAGAUGAGAAAGAUGAGAAAGAUGCGGAAGACAAAAAAAUAUAUAGUUUGUCGUGGGAAAUGAGCAUGAAAAACCUGAAUAUGUUUUUCGACGCACUUAAUGAGAUGGAGGCAAAAAGUCUGGUCUUAACUCAGCAGGUUUUAGAAGAACGCAAACAUCUGGAAAUAAACUGCUUUUUGAUUAGAAAAAGCUUAAACGAAACUUUUCAGCAAAUAGAAGAGCUGAAAAAACUUGAGACUAUAUUAAAGCAACAUGAAAAUGACAUUGAAGCCAACAAAAACUUCUCCAUUCUUUUAGUGGAAAGUGGGAGAGAGAAACGUGCAGUUGACAAAAAGGCAACAAACUGCAUCGUUUGCAAAGGAACUUGUCACCAUCCUUGCACAGAAUCAUUUGGAUGUAAAGUUUUUCAGAAUAACAAGUGCACUGUCUGUCCCAAGGAAUGUAGCAAGGCGGAUCACUGUCGAGAGAACUUCAUCUAUGUCUUUAAGACUGAGGAACAUGAAACCACUUACAAGGAUCUGGUUAUAAAUCACUUUAAGAUGCAGGUGGAAUCCAUGUCAGCACAUUUGAUUUUUAAACUUAUAUAUGCCAAAAUCUUAGCCCUCCUAACAUCCGGUUUAAGGAUGAUUUUAGAAAUGCAUGAAACAGUUCAAAAGCUGGAUAGAAUUGCUCUGAGACCCAACCCAACAAGUAGACUGGCCUACUUGGAUCUUCAGAUUGAACAAGCCAAAAAGGUAAACGAUAUUGAAAAAGUUAAGACACUGGAAGAAAUGAGAGAAAAGGAACAGAAAAUGACCAUGACAAGUAUAAAUGAGGAGGAUUCUGAAGAAGAAAGUUAGACCCUAAAGUGGAUCGCAACAACAGUACAGUAAAACCUUACAACAUAUAAUAUCUGUUUAGAGAUAAAGACAAGUAUAUUUGGGAAAGAAAAUACAGUCUGGAAGUGUUGUCUUAAACACAUUGCUUGCAUAGAAAUGCUAUUAUGUCAUUAACUGUUGAUUUAAUUUUGUAUUAUUUGUAUUGAGAGCAUUUUUACAAAGAUUUGUUUUUGUGAAGUUAAAAUGGCCCGAAACAUAUGAAAGUGUGUGUAGUCUGAGAAGAGAGACUGCAUUUGGUACAUUAUGAUGCAUAUCUGGAAUAUAUCUGAGAAUAACAGUAUGAAAGUGUUGUCAUAAUGAUUUGGGGCAUAGCUUUGAAUAUUUGUUUAUAUGGUAACUGAACUUUUAAAUGCACAAGGACAGUAACAAAACGAUAAAUUUUUGAUCAGAUCAAAUGAUUCUUUGUUGUUUGGUUUAGCUGGGUCUACAUGUAUAAGCAACGUUGUGGUCAGGCUUUAGAUCGUUUUUUAAUUGUUUUAAUGGUUUAUUAAUCUGAAGAACGCUAAGACCGUACUUGUGUUCUUGAGAAAAACAUAGUAAAUGUGUGAAAGUAAAAAAUGUCUAAAUCAUUGGGAAGUGCUUGUAGUCCACUGAGAGAGUGCACCUGGCACAUUGUGAUGCAGACAUAGGCCUAGGUUUAGGAGUGGACAGUAGAAGAAUGUCCCUACUAAUGUCCAGAGACGUUUGAAAUGUCCAAUAAUUAGUGACUAAUCAGAGGAUUAGCAUAUGUGUGAUGAUAUUUGUCCUUCACUAAAACCAAACCUACGCCUAUGGAUGAUAUGUGAAAAUACCAUUGUAAACCUUAUAAUCAUAAUGGACAAGGACUAAUUAUUUGUGAUGAGGAGUUUCUCAUUUACUUAUGGUAAGAUAUUGUGUGUAAACAAACUGAUCUGGUAUACUUAUCAAUUCUUUUUUAAUAUAUUGAGACUACAUACAGUGUAUUUUGUUUUGUUGUUGCAGUUUUCAAUAAACAUUAAUCAUUCAAAAAGUUCCAACAGUUAUUUCUACACAGAUGCAGUGAAGAACCCUUUUGUAACACGAAGCCUGCUCUGUAUCGGAACCUGGGCUAGACCCAAAUACAGACAACAAGGCAGAAACUGUGGG